AGUAGGUUAAGUGGCUAGGCCCCUGUCUACAAUUGAAACCACCUUCUCACCGACCAUUGCUGCGCGCUAGGAGCUCAGAGAAAGCCACAGUACGUGUUUCCUGAUUUGUUUCUUUUAUGCUCAUUGUCUCAUUGAUUUUAGUGAAUAAAUAAGGCUCAUAGUUAUUGGUAAGAAGAAGGCUGGUUAGUGCAAGAUCAUCAAUCAUCAUGGUUGCUCCAAAAUCAGAAUAUGAGCCCUUGGGACCAGUAAACCAACUACCACGAGAUGUCUCGUUACGCUAACAACUGAACUCUUUGGGUCCGGGUCUCAAUCACCCCUAUUUCAAUCAUGAACAGCGUAAACUGGGUAUGGUUAGUAUAACUACUCAUGCUACUAGAGAAACUACCAUAUGCUCUACUGUAACUCAGUAUGGAUCUGCUCAUGCAACUGGAUGGACUCGGCCGAUGUGAGUAUAGAAUUCCCUGGUUUGAAAGGAAAGAAGAGAUUGAUUCUAAAGUUUCGGAUUCUGGUUCAAAGGCAGUAGGAAUCCCGGCCAGAGGAGGUCCUCCAAGACGUGCAUUCACUCCCUGGGGGAUAUCCAUCCACUCAAGAAGGUAGGGAGGAGCUGAGGUGAAGGUGACUAAUUAGUCUGCAAGGGUAAGUUGGCAACCAGGAAGGCCGUGCCAGGUAGUUCAGCGGCUGAACGAGAACGCCAAAUAGAGAUGCCGGAGGAACUUGGCAUGACAGAGACAUUCAAGGUCUCUGAAUUGACACCCUACUAUGGGCUUAGGAGGAGACGGCUGGAGCAGAUCAGCCGGUAGUGAAUUCGUGCUUCAUCCAAAUCUCAGACAGAGUCAAUGAAUGAAUCCGGUUCAUUAACAAUUCCCAGAUUGGAAGUGGCCAAAAAGAAAGCAUCGACUUCCCUACCAUAUCCCAGGGAGACCUAACUGAAUGAUCAAAAGGUAUUGAUGAAUCCGACAGUAGGGCAGGUGAAGCAGUGGACGGAAUCUACUAUUUAUCAAUAGUUCACCUUGUUCUUGUUGAACUGCUAGCAACAUGUUUCAUUGAGAGGCAGGCUUGUAAGGCUGCUGUCUCCUUUCCACCCACAUAUGCCUAUAAUUUAUUGCAAACCCAUUCCAUGAAUCCUGAAACUGUCAACAACAGUAUCAAACAUAUGCCAUGGGAGAUACAAUCCUCCAGAAGAAUUCCAGGAGGUUAACUUGGAUCCACUUGUAGGGAUACCUAUGACAGACUCAACAGAGCUUUGGCUUAUUCAAUUGCCUCAAAAUCAAAAUAUAAUGCAAUUCAAAUCAGAUGAUGGAAUAAAUAGAAGACAUCUUUCUCUUAAGUUGCACCACAAUGGACGAGUUGGCACAGUAGAAAACAACUCUGGGAAAACAUUUGAUGUUGUCAGCUAUACUAAUCAAGAACCAAAUGCAACAGUUAUCUUGCCAGGAGGUCAGGCUCCUAAAAUUGUUGGAAAAAUUUCACGCAGGGUGUGUCUUGUGAGUAAUGCAGAUGCUGAAGAUGAUCUGGUUAAACCAUACAGGACUCCAUACACGUCGCUGAAAAUUGGGCAAAAAAAUUCAAGGAAGAGUGAAUCAAAACGUUUAUAUCUGGCCAGUGGGGAAAAAAGUUCACGAAAGGUCGGUUUGAUAUCAUCAGGAGAAGAAUCAAGGGCUCACAAACACAAAAAAAGUGAUGAAACCCCAUCUUCUGCCUUUUUUGCUGGCAAUUCCAAUAAGGAGAAAGCACCAUCUUCUCGAGGAGAUGCAAAGCAUCGAAAGGUCAAUAAAGAAGGUUUCAGAACCCCAUCUUUGGGUUCUGAGAAAUCUCGUGGAGGAUCUUCUGGAGCUUCAGUUGGACGAAAAAGUGGGACUUCUGUUUCUGGUGUACUUUCUGGUAGUCCUGGGAAAAGGAAGACUUCUGUUUCUGGUGUGCUUUCUGGUAGUCCUGGGAAAAGGAAAGAGAUAAAAAGUUUGUAACUUCCAAGGAGGGUCUUGAUUCAUUUUUGAGAGCAGAAGAAGAAUUCUUGAAUUAGUUUAUGAUCAGUAUGUAUUCAGACUCCAGCAUGAUGAAGUUAGAGAGAGCAUGGUAUUUUUGUGGUUUUUGUUUGUUUGAAGUUUAGAGAGAAUGAGAUUAGAACCGAGUAUAUGGUUCAUAAUAUUCACAUA